UACAACCGGUCGCAUAGCCUGCGACGGGUUCGCCCGGCCCAACCCAGUUACUUAAAAUAUAAAAGCUUUUUUUUCAUUUUUUUCUCACUUUCUUCCUUCCCCCGCCCCCUAUUCGAUUAGGGUUUCUUUUCUCUUUUCUCUCUCUUCCGAUUCCGCCUCUCUCUCUCUCUCUCUCUUCUUUCUCUCUUUCGUUUUUCUUUCUAUUAAUUAAAGGAAUGGAUAGUGGCUACAGCAGUGGGUUUAACAGGAAAACAUCGUUAAACAGUGAUUUUCUUCGUUGGACAAAGAGCACUUCUACUGGAUCCAAGAUUUCUCAUCAUCAUCAACAAACUAAUCCCCACCGUCUAUUUAGUAUUGGAGAUGAUGAUGAUGAUGCGGGGCCCACCAAUGAGAUGGCGUUCGGAGGUGGCACCACUCCCCCUGCAGCUGGAGGAGUGGCGUCGACGGGUUUUCCAUUCACAGGUGCGCAAUGGAAAGAAUUGGAGAGACAAGCUAUGAUCUACAAAUGCAUGAUUUCGUGUGUUCCUGUGCUGCCGCAUCUUCUCUUCCCUCUUGAUUCCGCAUUCUCCUGUAAAUACUGUAAAUACAGUAUUUAUUUUCAUUCUCCCAUUCCACCUUCAAUCUCUGCACAUUAUUAACUAUGUAAUUGCUUCAGGCAGUACAAGCUGCCAUCUUGAAUGGUGAAGCCAAUACAAGGUGAAGCAUCUAGUUAUCUUGGAUGUAAGUUUGUAACUCCGUUGUCGCUUGGUAUUGGGGUUGCUUGAGAUGUGACGAAUGUAAUUAUUCCAAGGAAUACAACUAUAUAUCCCUACAAUAAUCAUCAAUCAUCAA